AUGGCGACAGGAGGCGAUGGAGAUGUGGAAGUAGCCAUUAUCGCGGCAUCGAGCGGUGUUGCCAGGGCAUCAGCCGCUGAGAAAGGCAAGGGUAUCGCCAGGGAAUCAACCAGUGGUGUUCUGAUUGAUAGUAGGAGCACGAGUACAACGAUGGACACCGCCAUUGAGGUGGUCUGCCAAAAUGAGAGGCUGGUGAAAUUAAAAGGGGCCAUUGAGUAUGUAUGGAGCCAUGGUGAGAAGUACAAAGUCAAUGACUUCAGCUGCUAUUAUUGUACAGCAGCUAUUGCUGGUGGAGGUGCAACCCGCUUCAGGCAGAAUUUGGGUGGUAUUUCUGGUUUUGUCGCUGCUUGUCCCAAUGUGCCACGUCAUGUUAAGGAAUAUAUGGUUGAUGAAGUUACAAGACGAAGAAUAAGUCCUAAGGGAAGUGGCAGUGGGGCUGCAAGUUGUUCAGCUAACCAUCAAACUAGAAUUGAUAGGUUCUACAAAACUCCUGGUAGUUCUCCCCAAGCUCCAUUUGACAUAGAUUUGGCACGUAGUAGGGCUCAAGGGCAGCCUCGAGUGGAUGUUAUGCUCACAGGGGGUGCUAGAGAAAAGCUUGGGAAAGCUUGGGCAAAGUGGUUCCAUGCUAACAAUAUUCCUGGAAGGAAAGCGGACUGCCCAUACUUUCGAGCAGCAGUCAAGUUAUCUCAAGAACAUGGAGAUGGAGUGCAUGUUCCAUGUGGAAAAGGAAAAGAUGGCCCAUUAUUGGAUAGGAAUUUUGCUGAUGUGGAGGCUCAAUUAGCUGAAUUCAAGGAAGACUGGAAAGAAUAUGGAGUUACCAUCAUGUGUGAUUCAUGGACAGGUCCUACUAUGAUGUCUAUUAUUAACUUUAUGAUCUGGUGCAAUGGACGCAUGUUCUUUCACAAGACUGUAGAUGCUACUCGUUGUAUCCAAAAUUCAGAUUUUAUCUAUAAGAUUCUCAAAGAAGUGGUUGUUGUUGAGGUUGGGAUCACAAAUGUUGUUCAGUUUGUCACAGAUAAUGGUGCCAACUACAAGAAAGCUUGCAAGCUUCUCAUUGCUGACUAUUCACACAUCACCUGGCAAUCAUGUGCUGCUCACACAAUUAAUUUGAUGCUAAAGGACCUAGGGUGUUUUCCUCUUAUUGAGCAUGUAGUGGACAGUGCAAAGAAAAUUUGUAGAUUCUUCUAUAACCAUAACAGGCUUCAUGCUAUGAUUGAAGAGAAGAUAGGAGGAGAACUGAUUCGGUGGAAUGCCACUAGGUUUGGCACGGAUGAUGUGAAUGCAUAUAGGAGUAGUCCUCCUCUGCCAGGCAUAUUUCGCCCAUCCUAUAUUGUUCCGAGUGCUCAUGCCAAACAUUUGCCUGAUUCUGAAGAUUCUUCAGAAAUUAAAGGCUUUAGUUCUGAUGAUGAAACUACUGAUGUAGAAGCUGGGGAAUCAGCCAGGGAUGAUGACAGGGCACAUAGUCCAAGCCGAGAGAAGAUACUCGUGUAG